AUGUUUGACUCAGGCUGUCCGAGGCCGGGAUGCGGGGAAGCUCAUACCCUCCAAAAUGUUGAAGGAGAAACAGUGACGAUAACAUGGAAAACGUGGUUCGUCAUCUUCAUCCUCAGUUCCACCUUCGGUCUCUCCUUUUGGCCUGUCCCUACCACAGCUGCAAUGAUGAACCGUCUCUCGGUCCAGUUCGGAGCCCCGACAUCCAGAGCAUGGUAUGUGCCUGCGUAUACAACAGCGAACAGCAUUGGAUUUUUGUUGGCGGGCGCAAACUCGGAUCUUUUCGGGCGAAGACUCUUCUUGCUGUUCGGCAAUGCGUGUUGUUGUGUAGGAUUCAUAGUUACGGCUACGAGUAACACCGCAAAUCAUUUUACUGCUGGUCUGGCAGUCACGGGGUUUGGGGGUGGGUUUGCGCAGAUGGCCAUGUGUAGUAUUCCAGAACUCUUGCCAAACAAAUUUCGACAUAUUGGUAUAUGUCUCUCUGAUGGCUUCGUAUUUCUCAUUGUUAUUAUUGGUCCUAUCGUUGGAAGAUACGCGAUCGAUGUCGGCGCAUGGCGAUAUGUUUAUUGGGCAGGUCUUGUCGCACAGUUCCUCUCUUUUACUGCGCUCUUCAUCUUCUACAAACCGCCCAAGCAUCCGAAAGGCGUCCCAUGGCAUGAAGCAAUCAAGGGCCUUGACUAUGUCGGUACUGCUCUCAUCGUUCCAGGCAUUUGUCUCGCGCUAGUAGGCAUAAUCCAAACGACAUAUAAACCAAGCUCGGAUGUCACAGUAAUCGCGCCCAUGGUCGUUGGCUUCAUUAUGAUCGUUGCAUUCGGCGUCUGGGAAACAGUAUCGAAUACCAGAUUCAAGCUGUGCCCACCGCAUCUGUUCCGGAGCCACAAGGGACGAGAGUUUACGGCACCCUUUAUCGUGGCUUUUAUUGUCACAAUGUUCUACUAUUCCGUCAACAUAAUCUGGCCUACGAUGGUGAACGUCUUCUACCUUAAACCAGAUACCUCCCGCAGAACCGAGCUACUCCUCACUUUACCACCCAACGUCGGUCUUGUCUUCGGCUCCAUGUGUUUGAUAGCCUUUGGCAAUUUGUUGGGACACUGGAAGCUCACUUUGAUAAUAACCUGGACGGGCAUGGUGUUUUUUGGAGCCUUAAUGGGUCUAGUUACGCCGUUCAACCAAGGUCUGAUGAUCGCAUUCUGCUGCAUCAACGCGAGCUUCUUCGGCUGGGCUCAGUAUGAGUCUAUCGCAUUCACCCAACUCGGUGUACCGCAACAAGACCUAGGUUUCUCAGGAGGUCUUGCCGGUAUGGCUCGCUAUGCCGGUGGCUCUCUUGCUCAAGCGAUUUAUACCACGAUCCUGACAAACGCACAAAGCACACGGGCUGCUGCUACCGUACCUGCUGCAGCCAUCGCAGAAGGCAUGUCUUCAGAAAAUGCGCAGGCUUUAUUUGCAGCCGUUCCACUCGGAGCUGCCGCUAUCGCGGAGGUACCCGGAACGAGCAUGGAGGCAAUCAGUGCUGCUUCACUAGCGUACCAGUGGAGUUACGCACAUGCGCUGAAGAUUGUGGCGUUAAGUAGUUUGAGUUUUGGCAUAGUGGGGUUGCUCUGUGCCUUUUGGUGCGAGGAUUUGACGCCGAAGAUGACGGACAAGGUGGAGGUAUUCCUGGAGAACGAUGUAUACGCUGAUAAGAAUGAAUUUCACUGA